CUCUCCCCUUAUAAAUACGAUAGUCAGUCUCUGUACGAUAUCUUAACCUCCCUCUCCCCCCCGCAGAGGCUGGUCGUGGCUUUGGUGGGCGUGUUGGCCUGCAUCGGCUCCGUCACCCCAACGGAACCGCCCCAGGGACCAUGGGAGUCUCUUACCCCCUCCGUCAGCACCCCCCCAAAGGCCAAGCCCCAGAGAGGCGAGGUGGCGCUGACCCCUGAGGAGGAGUUCCUGGUCAACAACAUCCCCUUCAAGCUCCCCUUCAAGAUGGACAAGAAGCAGACGGCGGUGGCGAUGAAGCUGAUGAAGGAAGCCGUGAAGCCCAUCAUCAAGAGCAAGACCCUCCAGGAGACCGUUUCCUACGUCGACGACCUCCUCCACUUCCUCGUCGACGACGUUGAGACCCAAAUGUACAUGACGCUCUUCCUCGACUUCAUGCAAGACGUCUACGAGGGCAAGGAGCGCGAGCAGGUCGACAAGAUUGUGAGGAGCUUCAUCUACGGCAGCAGCGACGAGGCCACAGCGCGUACAAUCGGCGAUGUGUGGAGCCGUUACAUGUCCGAGCCCAUGCACAACUACCUCUUCACCCCCAUGAGUAGCUACUUCAGAGAGGCCGUCAACAUCUUCAACGAGAGGAUUGACAUGUGGAUGGGCAACGCACGGAAGUCCUACGACGCCGAGCCCCACACCCAGUCCUCCUAUGUCAGCUGGGGCAACAAUUUCAACAGCAUCGCCCGCAGCCUCUCCCAGUGGACCAGACAAGCGCGCCAGGGCAUCAACAUGGCCGCCCACUAUCUCGAGAGCCAGGACAAGGACCACGCCCAGAGCCAUGUAUCAGCUCAGUAACUUCGACGUAGCGUAGGAAGCCUCCUGAUGGACGCUCCUGCACUAACCCACCACCACCACCACCCACGGAACGAUGCCCCCCACCCUCAGGAACACGCUAACUGUAUGCUGUGAGGGGACUGCUGCUGGCGGCCUCCCUUCCCUUCCCUUCCUUUCCCUUCCCGUUCAGUCGUUCACUCCGCCAGACACAUCCAAGAUACUUCAACAAAACGUUCAUUCACCCACCCCUACCAAUACAUACACCCUCCUCCCCCUCCUCCUCCUCCUGCUAUGUAUAUACAGUCGGAGAGCGCCGGUCGUCUUCGUUGUAUUAAUCUUCGGUAUGUCAACGAAGACGCAGAUGAGGUUGAGUGAGAGUUUUGUUGUUAUAUUAUUUUUUUUCCUUCCCAUAGCGUCAUCGUCUCCGUAUUAUAACGUCGAAGUAUUUAUUCAUUGUUAGCUUCAUGUUUGUGUGUGUGUGUGUGUGUGUGUGUGUGUGUGUGUGUGUGUGUGUGUGUGUGUGUGUGUGUGUGUUGCUGGCCCUAGUAGUGAUAAUGGAGUUUUGAUUGUUAUUGUUGUUGAGUUCCAGUAUUCUCAUUUCUCGCCGGCAAUGUGAACGUGUGUGGUGUGUGUGUGUGUGUGUGUGUGUGUGUGUGUGUGUGUGUGUGUGUGUUGUUUGUGUUGGUCUGUAUAAUAAACAUGGAUUUUUUUAUUUCAUCUAAA